AGCAGCAUCCGUCUAUUGCAUCUAUCUAUGCUAGCAGUAUUAGAACGCGGUUAGGAGGUAUUAGGAUAGAUAGACGAUAUUCAAUUACCCAACAUGAAAGCGUACUGGUACGAUAACAAGGAGGGCGACCAACGCGCUAGCCACGACUCCGGCCGUGCCGUAGAAGAAUCUUAUCUUUCAAGCCUUGGUGUCCUAUACCGUCGAUGCCCCAAUAUCUCAGACGUCGACUCCCUCGCUAGUGAUCGGGGCUACAAGAAUCGCGAUGAGAUCACCAUCUCCCCUGAGAAAAUGGGCGACGUCUACGAAGAGAAAGUGAAAAUGUUUUUCCACGAGCAUCUACAUGAAGAUGAAGAAAUCAGAUAUAUCCUUGACGGAGAGGGUUAUUUUGACGUACGGAGUGAAGGUGAUGAAUGGGUGAGGAUUGCCGUGGAAAAGGAUGAUCUCUUGGUAUUGCCUGCGGGCAUAUAUCAUCGGUUCACGACAGGGGAGAGUAAUUACAUCAAAGCUAUGCGGUUAUUCCAGGACGAGCCCAAAUGGACCCCUUUGAAUAGAAGUCCAGAGGUUGACACAAACAAGCAUCGCAAAGCGUAUUUGCAAUCUCGGACUGUGGCUGCUGCUUAGAUAGCCGGCUACUCUCGCGCAUAGCAACAUGAUGAAGAUUUAAGCC